AUGCUUUACAGCACGGUGCCGGGACCUUCAUCCGGGCGACUGGGGCCGUUCGUUGGCGACGUGUUUCAAGAUAUCCGCCCCGAUGAGAAGAGGAUUAUCAACAUCUUGGAGCUCGGACCAAGCUGGGCGCUGAGGGGUGCGUUGGAGGCCGACGUGGAGGUGCUGGACGGCAGCAACUGGGCGAUAUCCUUCGACGUGGUCUACAAUAACUUCGCGGGCGUGAAGGUGCAGGAGAAGAAGUUCGACCCGGCGGUGACUGAGCGGCGAAUCUGGAGCAUGACCUACCUCGAUGACGGCUUCCGAAUCUUGUACGGCCGACAGGAAGCGAUGUCGGCGGAGGAAAGCUUCAUCUUCGUCAUGGAGAGAGACAGGCAGUAA